UGGUGAGGUGGAGCAUGCGCAGUGGGCGCGCCUCGCCCGGGCGGUUCGCGUCCGCCUCCUUCGCCUGCGCUGCCGUUCCCCCUCCCCCUCACGGCGGCGCCGCCACCACCACAGCGAGCGGGAGGAGGAGGAAGGGGGAAAGAGAGAGGGAGGCAGGUCCGGCGGCCCUCUCGGGUACCCCCAGCGGCGAGGCGGGCGAGGGGAAAGAUGGCGACGCUGGGAGGCGAGUCGCAGCCCUUCCCCGCCGCUGCCCUGGCGGCGGCAACGGCCGGGGUGGGCGGCGGCGGCGGGUCGUUGGGUUUGCAGGCGCCGCUGAACCGCGGUCUGGAACGGGCGUUGGAAGAGGCGGCUAACUCCGGGGCGCUCAACCUGAGCGGCAGGAAGCUGAAGGAGUUCCCGCGCAGCGCCGCCGCCCUCAGCCACGACCUCUCCGAUACGGUGCGGGCAGAUUUAUCCAAGAAUAGAUUAACUGAGGUUCCUAUGGAGUUGUGCCAUUUCGUGUCACUGGAAACACUAAAUCUAUACCACAAUUGUAUUAAAAUUAUACCAGAUGCCAUAGUGAACUUGCAAAUGCUAACCUACUUAAAUUUGAGUCGAAAUCAGCUUUCUUCUUUGCCAGCUUGCCUGUGUGGUCUUCCUCUAAAAGUCUUAAUUGCAAGUAACAAUAAGCUAGGUUCCCUUCCAGAAGAGAUAGGUCAGCUAAAACAGUUAAUGGAACUGGAUGUCAGCUGUAAUGAAAUCACAGCUUUGCCACAGCAGAUAGGCCAGCUGAAAUCUUUAAAAGAACUGAAUGUCAGAAGAAAUUACCUCGAAGUUUUACCCCAAGAACUAGUACAGCUGCCCUUGGUAAAGUUCGACUUUUCCUGCAAUAAAGUGCUUGUGAUUCCAAUUUGUUUUAGAAAGAUGGUGCAGUUACAAGUAUUACUGCUUGAGAACAAUCCUUUGCAAUCUCCACCAGCACAAAUUUGUACGAAGGGUAAGGUGCAUAUAUUCAAAUAUCUGACUGUACAGGCCUGUCAGAUUAAAACAGCAGACUCACUGUAUCUUAAUGCCAUAGAACAGCAGCAUUUGCCCCAGCCCGUGGAAGAAAGCAUUGAUGACAUCUACCCAAGUAAAAAGGACUCAGACUCAGGUGUUGGUAGUGAUAAUGGUGAUAAACGUUUGUCAGCAACAGAGCCAUCUGAUGAAGAUACUAUCAGCUUUAAUGUUCCAAUGUCGGACAUCAUGGAAGAGGAUCAGGUUAUAAAGGAAGAUUCAGGUCACCAUGCUCACUCAAGAAAAGUGGGAUUCCAUCAGGGAUCUUCUCACUUGAUUGUCAAUGAUAAGGCAAGAGAAACAGGAAAUCAGUUUGAUGAAUCGGAUGCCCUUACUACUGAAUUCAUGACUUACAUUAAGAGCAGAGCAGAGUGUGAUGAAUUAUUGAGAAUAGAAGAGGACACACAAUGGCAAACAGACGAAAUAAUAAAUUUAUCAGAAGAACAAACUAUUGAUAUAGCAAUGAUAGAACAACUAAGAGAAGCAGUAGAUUUAUUACAAGAUCCCAACAGAUUAAGCAUGGAUAUUUCAGAGAGCAGUGGUGUGAAUCUGUAUCCCAUGGAACCAGCAACAGCUUUAGAAUUUCAGGAUUCUACAGUAAAUGGUCAAAUGCAGAUGGAGAUGUCUUCCCUUGGUCAGAGAGAAAGUGCUGAAGAGGAACUAGAAUUUCAGAGGAGGAGAGAGCUGAUUAUGGAGAAAGCAAAGCCCGAACAGAAUGAUGUAAUUGUUUGGAAUACAAGUGGGCAAGCCUCUCACAAUGAGAACAAGGAUAAAAGUCCGACAAUGUCUCCUACUACAAACACCGCAAUCCCUUUUGGCCUGAAGCCACGAUCAGUGUUCUUAAGACCACAAAGAAAUUUGGAAUCAAUAGACCCACAAUUUACAAUUCGAAGGAAAAUGGAGCAGAUGAGAGAAGAGAGAGAGCUUGUGGAACAGCUACGUGAGAACAUUGAAACAAGACUAAAGAUUUGUCUGCCUGAAGACUUGGGGUCUGCUCUGAUGGAUGGUGUAGUUCUCUGCCAUUUAGUAAAUCACGUUCGUCCUCGGUCUGUAGGAAGUAUUCAUGUACCUUCACCAGCAGUACCUAAACUUAGCAUGGCCAAAUGCAGGAGAAAUGUGGAAAACUUUCUGGAUGCAUGUAGAAAACUGGGGAUACCAGAGGAGAAGCUCUGCCUACCACAUCACAUCCUAGAAGAAAAGGGCUUGGUAAAAGUGAGCAUAACAGUUCAAGCAUUGCUAGAUGUAACCACAGUGAAACAAGCUUUAUUCACAUGAAACUACUCUCUCUGCUGUUACCAGCUCCACUGUGCCAUCAAAGAAUCAAAAUACUGCCCGUCUUUUCAAACUGCAUUGGAAAAAAAACCCCAGUGCUCUGAGAGCAUUCUUAUACUUCUGAUUUUAAAAUCAUCUUUCAGGCUGUACAGGUGCGUCGAACUACAAACCACACACUAACCAGAAACAUUUUAUAGAGCAAAUUGGGGCUUCACUGCUUUUAUAGCUCACUUUGUACAGUACUUGCUAAAACAGCCACCUCUCUGCCACUUAAAAACGUGUGGAGCACACAGCUGUCUUGCAGCAAGAUACCUUCGUAUGGCUAAACUAAGAAUCAUUGUAAUCAUUUGGCGGGGGGGAGGGGCGGGAGAGUAAAUCAGACUUCUGCCACGUUAGGUUCUUCUGCAGUUGCUUCAGGCUAUUGCCUUUUAAAAAAUAUCCUGACAUAAAAUAUUUAUAUAUUAUUUAUUAGUGAGUUGUUAUUCAUCCUUUGGAUGCAAAAUGUAAAUUAGGAAACUGUAUUUUAUUACUGCUUUUUUGUGGUUAAACACUUUAUUUUAAUAUAAAUAUUUAGUUAUUUUUUAUUCUACUUGGUGUGCAGUAGCUCUAGAUCUCCGUAAAUUGUAUUUUCUGAUACAUAUGAUAAAAAGCAAACAAAAUAGGUGCUUUUACUAAAACAAUAGCUAGCUGGAAUGGCAUUCCUUAAUUCUUGAAUUUGUAGAACAUUGGUAAAAAUUUGUCUGCAUUCCAUUGGGUUUCCUACAUUCCAGUAGCACUUUUCCCCCCCACUAGAUUAAAUUGGCCAAAACUGAGAGCACACCCGUCUUAUUUGUAUAUAGAUGUUUAAAAAAAAAAAAAAAGGAAAGAUGUAAACUUGAAAAAUAAAUGUGAACAAAUAUUUUUGAUUGCUUAUUUUACUAUGCACAAGACAUUUAACUUUUGCCACAACGAAAUGAAUGAUGUGCAUUAGGAUCGUGUGUCUUGAAAUAUAAUUUUGCACUGCGACUUGGUUUCUUUUAACGACUACAGCACUACAGAACAAAUAACAAAAAAUAGCACAAGAAUAUUAGCGAGAAGAUUUACCAGGUAGCCAAAAAAUUUUUGUUUUCUUCAGUGAUUCCUUUGAGAGGAGAUAAAAUUAUUAAAAUUGCCGAAGGCAGUCUCAGAGACUUGAUCUUCCAGCUACAACCUGCUGGCCACAGGGCUUCUCCUUAGAGCCUCCAUCGUUUUCCUGCAGGCUGAAGCCCCGUGUUCAAUAGCGAGUGUUUGCAGGGUCAGACCUCCGAUCCCGCAUGGGCAAUAGGACAUCAGGUGGUGGUCCUCACCGCUACUUGAAAUUUUUUUUUUAAAAAAAGCAUAGUUUAUUAUUAAAAUAUCACAGGUUUUAGAUCAAAAAGUUCCAGCGCAGUGAUUCUCACAGUAUCUGGAACAUCUGUUUUUUCUUUCACGCGAGAAGCGAGCAAUGUAACUUCGGCAGGCCGGCCGGGAAAGCUGCACGUGGCGUAAAGGGGAGCUGUUGGGGGUCAGGGGUGCACGCAAGCAGGUAGUUCACAAUGCACGAUGACGGAAAAAGAGGCGAUGUGGUGGGAGGACUAAAUACUGACGCAGGAGAAUACGGGGAGGGCUAUUGUAUAAAGACUUUUUGGAAGAAGGAUGCAUACUUGUCGCUACUAUGUAUCGAGGCAAAGUUAGACGCAUGUUCACAGACACUGCAUUUAAAACCACCGGAAUUCCAGUAGCGGGUUUUUAAAUCAUUAAUACAAUAUUUGAACGCAGGCUACGCCCUUUAAUGCCACAAACUGCCAGCGCGCUGGCACGUAUUGACAGCAACGUGUUAGGAGGAGGAAAGUGGGCUGGCAGCCAGGGAGACGUAGGGUAUGCAGGGAACAUCCAGCCACUUCAGCCUCAGCAAAAGCGUUUCUUUUAUAGGGGGAACAUUGACUUAAAUUGCAGUUUGGAUUGGCAGCUAGCAUAUUGUUUCCUAUAAAACGUACUGUGCACUUUAACACUAAAUUAAAAUGUAUUUUAAUAUUUUACAGACCUGCACAAAUAUCUGUUUUGUCAAAACAAGCACGAACAAUGUAAAGAAAAUAAGUUUUCGAGUCAGAGUUUAUCAAAUUUUAAAAGCAUUCAAAGGUGGAGUAUAAAAAUAGGAAUAUUGAUUUCUGCGUCUUGAGGGAUAAAAUGCAGGUUUCCUGGGUAUUUUUCUACAAUGUAUAUAUGGCAACAUGAAGCUUUGUAAUUAUUAUUUUGACAAAUCUUGUUUUUUCAUAAUUAAAACUUUGUUUUUCUCCCGAUAGUGUCUUUCAGUAUUUGCUUGAAGUUGGCUGUAAAUAAUAGCUCUAAAUAUUUUGUAAUACGGCUUUUUUUUAUGCAGUCUUAACCUGUACGGCUAAAAAGAGAAUCUUCAUGAAUCUUUGUAUACUAUUUAUAUGUGCAAUAAAACAUGCAUGGCAAAUCUAUAGUACCCGAAGCAGCAAACAUAAUGUAUAUAGAAAAUCUUUACUGUAGUUACUAUUAAACUAUAUUAUUUGUAGAAACCUUUUAACCAAC